CCCUGAGCCCUUCAACAUCGAGUACUUGGAUUGGUUUAAUUGCAGCCCGAGGAAAUGAUCUUUGCAGGCGAUUGGUCGGCGCCGCAAAGCCACCCCGGCGGCUGAGGAGAGCGGGCAGGCAAGGAGAUUCCGGGCCAGGGUCGCGGCGGCAGUCGGCAAGCGUUUGAUUCUUUGGGGUUGGAUCGCGAGCGGUGUCUGCUUGUCCCGCCGAGGUCUCCCAGGACAGGGCAGGGAUCUAGGGGGUUUGCGCACCUGCUUUUUUAUUCCCCCCUUUUUUUUGGAAGGGGAGAGGGUGAAAGGGAGGGAGGAGAAUGGACAGAAUACUGACUGGAACGUUAAUUGGAGCAUUUCAUAUGCGAAGAGCAGAAUAAAAGUUCCAUAUUCUUUCAAUUUCUCCAUUAGAUUAGCUUCAUUUUCGAAUGCUCCGUUUUGCAUGCUUAAUUUUGAAACUAGCCCGUGGUUUGGCAGAAUUUGACCUAAUUCAGGGGUGAGAGUUUGAUCCAGUCCAAGUGUAUUUGAAUUUGAGCACGCAGUUCAACCAGUGUUUACAAUGGAAUUUCUGAAGACUUAUGUACUUAGAAGAAAUGCAUGCACUGCUGUUUGCUUCUGGAGAAGCAAAGUUGUCCAAAAGCCUUCAGUUAGAAGGAUUAGUACUACCUUUUCAAGGAGCACUGUCAUGCCUGCUUGGGUGAUAGAUAAAUAUGGGAAGAAUGAAGUGCUUCGAUUCACUCAGAACAUGAUGAUACCUAUCAUACACUAUCCAAAUGAAGUCAUUGUCAAAGUUCACGCUGCCAGUGUAAAUCCUAUAGACGUUAAUAUGAGAAGUGGUUAUGGAGCUAAAGCUUUAAAUAUGAAGCGUGAUCCUUUACACAUGAAAAUCAAAGGAGAAGAAUUUCCUCUGACUCUGGGUCGGGAUGUCUCUGGCGUGGUGAUGGAAUGUGGGCUUGAUGUGAAAUACUUCAAGCCUGGAGAUGAGGUCUGGGCUGCAGUUCCUCCUUGGAAACAAGGCACUCUUUCAGAGUUUGUUGUAGUCAGUGGGAAUGAGGUCUCUCACAAACCCAAAUCACUCACUCAUACUCAAGCUGCCUCUUUGCCAUAUGUGGCUCUCACAGCCUGGUCUGCCAUAAACAAAAUUGGUGGCCUGAAUGACAAGAAUUGCACAGGAAAACGUGUUUUAAUCUUAGGCGCUUCAGGCGGAGUUGGUACUUUUGCUAUACAGGUAAUGAAAGCAUGGGAUGCUCAUGUGACAGCAGUUUGCUCUCAAGAUGCCAGUGGACUUGUAAGGAAGCUUGGGGCAGAUGAUGUAAUUGAUUACAAAUCUGGAAGUGUGGAAGAGCAGUUGAAAUCCUUAAAACCGUUUGAUUUUAUCCUUGAUAAUGUGGGCGGAUCCACUGAAACAUGGGCUCCAGAUUUUCUCAAGCAAUGGUCAGGAGCCACCUAUGUGACUUUAGUGACUCCUUUCCUCCUGAACAUGGACCGACUGGGCAUAGCAGAUGGCAUGUUGCAGUCAGGAUUCACUGUAGGUUCGAAGGCAUUAAAGCAUUUCUGGAAAGGAGUCCAUUAUCGCUGGGCAUUUUUCAUGGCCAGUGGUCCAUAUUUAGAUGACAUUGCAGAACUGGUGGAUGCGGGAAAGAUCCGGCCAGUUAUUGAACAAACCUUUCCUUUUUCCAAAGUUCCAGAAGCCUUCCUGAAGGUGGAAAGAGGACACGCACGAGGAAAGACUGUAAUUAAUGUUGUCUAAAUAAAAAUGCAGUUUACUGAU